AUGGGCCAGCGGCGGCUUAUGACCAAAGGCAUCAAGAUGGGUAGCUGGGUUGCUGUAUCGUAUCGUGUCCCCAUCAAGCAAGAAAUAGACGAGAAUGACACUGGCCACUAUGAAGGGAGGAUAAUUGACAAGCGUAUCGGCGGCCAGGAUCGGGAGUCCUUCAUCGAGCUUAAGGACGUUUUGAAGGUGGACAUCGAUGGAAACAUUAUCGGCAAAGAAAAGCAAAAGCGACUUAUAGAUGCUUUCAUUGAGGACUGCAAGGUCAUCGACAAAAGAGACGAGACGUGGGAUGCCAUCAAGACGCAAAGCGAAGCUGAAGCCGCAAAGCUGCAAGCCCCGCCGGCGGUGGUCAACCAGACCACCAACGAUGAUGACGGCGACGGAAUGCCCAUGAUGGGCAUGAUGCCGGGAAUGAUGAUGAUGCAGAACAUGAUGCAAGGCAUGAUGGCGGCCAGCAUGAUGCAGAAUGCGGCCAUGAUGGGUGGCAUGGGCUGCGGAGGCUGCGGCUGCAAGGCUGGAUGUGGCGGUUGCCCUGGUGGCGCGGCUGCAUGCCCUGGUGCGUGCCCCAGUGCAUGUCCCGGCGCAUGCCCUGGUCCCUGCCCUGGCGCCUGUCCUGGCGCCUGUCCCGGUGCCUGUCCAGGCGCCUGUCCCGGCGCGUGUCCUGCCGUUGCCUGCCCUGGCGCGUGCCCUGGCGCGUGCCCUGGUGGGUGCCCUGGUGGGUGCUCUGGUGGGUGCUCUGGCUCUGGUGGUUCCGGUGCAUGUCCUGCCUGUCCUGCCGCCUGCCCUGCAGGGUGCGCGGGGGCAUGUACUGGUGGUUGUGGAUGCCCCACAGCCUGCCCCGCCUGCCCAGCCUGUCCCGGCUGUUGUGGUGGGUGUGGGUGUGGGUGUGGUUGCCCAGGGUGCGGAUGCGGAGGGUGCGGUUGCGGCGGUUGUGGCGGUUGCGGCGGUUGUGGCGGUUGUGGCUGUUGUGGCUGCGGCUGCCCCGCCGGCUGUUGCUGUGGGGGGUGCCCAGGAUGUGGCUGUGGCUGCUGUCCUGGUUGCUGCGGUUGUGGCACUAUGGGAAAUGCAAUGUGUGGACAAGGGCCUGGCUGUAUGGGCUGUGGCAACAUGGCCCCUUGCAUGGGCGGCAUGAGUCCCAACAUGAGCCCGAGUGCUGCGGCCAGUGGUGGAGACGGCGGCCGAAGCAGAAGUCGUAGCCCCAAGCCAAAGUCGUAG